AUGCUCCCACGUCUGUAUGAUCUCAGCGCCGAGGUCACUCACUUCUUCAAGGAUCACCCCCCCGCAACAUAUCUACAGUGUGAUGCCUUUGCAAUUAAUCUCAUUGGUGAGCCCAUCAAACGUGUACCGAUCCAGGGACAGUUUAGCUAUACACUGCUUGCAGGGCUAGAACCUAAGAUUAUACAAUUUCGCUCCCCCAAGUCGCAGCUUGACCUUGAAAUAACUUCACUUGCGAAGAGUAUACAUGGCAAAUUAGCAGCCAAGACUGAGUUUUACGGGGGGAUAGCAAAUAACUCUUUAUUUGUUUACAUUAUUGAAAGACUACCCGGUAUUGCUUAUAUCACCUUUCGUUUUGAUAUCGAGAAGCAGAUAAAUACGGUAGUAGGGCUUGCAAGGUUUUUUGCUGCAUCAUGGAUUAAAGCGCAGCCGCGACCAGAAACAUUACAAAGCGACUAUGACGGGAAGCUCGAGCAGCUCUCCAAGUCAAUGCCACCUUAUCUUACUCCAGCAGCUGUAUCUACCCAAUCACAGUUGGAUCUCCUUUUUAGUAGCAACUUUCGCUACGCACUAUGUCACGGUGAUCUAAAUGAUAUGAACCUCCUAGUAGACGAAGAGACAGGAGACUUAACUGGGGUUAUAGAUUGGGCGGAAGCUAGCAUUCAACCUUUUGGUCUAUCCUUGUGGGGGUUAGAGACACUUCUAGGGUUUUCAGAUAAGGAUGGGUGGCAUUACUAUAGUGCCAGUAAUACUCUCGAAGACGUAUUCUGGGCUACUUUCUAUCAUGAGACUGGUAGUAUUUCAGAAGACGACAAGAAGCUUAUCGAUAUUUCUAGAAGAGUUGGGAUCUUGUUAAGAUACGGGUUUAUAUGGAUUGACGGGGUUGAGGGGCCAGUGACAGAGCACACGGGUUUGGAUAGUUUGCGGCGCUUACAGGCAUUUUUCCAGAAGUGCUGA